UUGCUUGUUUUUUUGUUCUUUUUAAAAAAUUAUUAUUUUUCAACAUCUCUUUCCAAGCUUCCUCUUUUAGGGUUGAGAAAAGGUGUUUGAUUCGAUUCGUAUCGCAUUCAUCUUCUCGAUCUUCAAGAAUUCAUAUAUUUUCUGAAAUUAUUGUAAUUGAUAUUAGGGUUUCGAGCUGGCUGUCCUGAAUUCAUUCUAUAUCGCUUCUGUACAAAUUCUGUGUUGACGGGGAGUGGCGACAUGAUGAGCGCCAAUCUUGCAUGACUAGCGAAUAUGGAAUGGUAAACACUGUCCUUGUUGCUGUGGAUCCUAAUUACAGUCCGGCAAUAAACUCAGAGAUGCCUUCUGGAUCAAAUAUGGAUUGGGAUAAUGAGGACUUCCGGCGCAUGGUCCGUAUGUCAGAUGGUAUGUUAACUGGGGCAGUACCAAGGAUAUCAGAUGCUGAGUUACAGGUCUCCCGUCACCGACUUUCUGUGUUUUUGUCUACACACACCGUAUAUGAGUUACUACCUGAGUCAGGCAAGGUCAUUGCGUUGGACAUCAAUUUACCUGUGAAGCAAGCAUUUCAUACUUUGCAUGAGCAGGGUGUUUCUAUGGCUCCUCUGUGGGACGAUUGCAAUGGGAAAUUUGUUGGAGUUCUCAGUGCAUCAGAUUUUAUAUUAAUUUUAAGAGAGCUUGGGACUCAUGGAUCAAAUUUGACCGAGGAAGAACUUGAUACACACACCAUAUCUGCUUGGAAAGAGGGAAAAACAUAUCUGAACAGGCAAAUUGAUGGGCAUGUCAGACCGUUUUCUAGACAUCUCAUUCAUGCUGGGCCAUAUGACAACUUGAAAGAUCUUGCUUUGAAAAUACUGCAAAAUGAGGUGGCUACUGUCCCCAUCAUCCAUUCAUCUUCCGAAGAUGAUUCAUUUCCCCAGCUCCUACAUCUCGCUUCACUACCUGGCAUAUUAAAAUGUAUUUGCAGGUACUUUAGAAACUGUACUGGCACUCUGCCUGUAUUUCAGUUGCCGAUUUGUGCGAUUCCUGUGGGUACAUGGGUUCCAAGAAUUGGAGAAUCUAAUAGACGGCCAUUAGCUAUGCUGAGACCUAGCGCUUCUCUUAGUUCAGCUUUAAAUUUGUUAAUUCAAGCUCAAGUAAGCUCUGUACCUAUAGUUGAUGACAAUGACUCCUUAUUGGAUAUAUAUUGUCGAAGUGAUAUAACAGCUUUGGCGAAAGAUAAAGUUUACACACAUAUUAAUCUUAAUGAAAUGACCAUUCAUCAGGCACUUCAAUUGGGACAAGAUUCAUAUACUCCUUAUGAACCGAGAAACCAAAGGUGUCAAAUGUGCUUGCGCUCUGAUUCGCUGUAUAAAGUGAUGGAGCGAUUGGCGAGUCCAGGUGUCAGACGGCUUGUAAUUGUGGAGGCUGGCAGUAAACGUGUUGAAGGCAUUGUUACAUUGACCGACAUUUUCAAGUUCUUGCUCGGUUAGUAGAGAGCAUCAACAGGUCUUAAUGGAAGGGGGUAUGUGCUGCAGUUUCUGACUCCCAAUGGUAGCAUCUCUCACCCUUUUACUUCACAGAGAUGCCAUUGCCAGUACCUCUUGGUGGUGACAAGACAUCAUCAUCUCUUUGAGACCUAGCAUUGAAUUGCCCUCUAGCUUUGGCACUUGUUUCUUUAAAAUUUUAAUCUAAAGGAAGAGGGAUGUAACUGUAGAGAAUUGAAAAAAAAAAUUGUUGGUUCUUCCCUGCCUAUGUUGAUAUGGGAAACAUUGUUGCUCCUGAUGUAGAUUGGGAAGUUAUUGCACUUGGAAUUUGAAAAUUGAGUUCCCUUGUUGCAA